AGCUCACUUGGCGUUUCUCAAGUUUUACUCCGGCGCGUGCUCUGCCCAUGGAUGUAUAAUAAGACCGUCUGCUUUGUGUUGUCAGGCAGAGAAAGAAAUCGCAUCUGUCAGGGUGGCGCGUGUCCUGAUACACAGGCACCAAACGAUAGUAAUUUCGGUUGUCUGUUUUUAAAGUAGUUAACGUUAGGCAUUUAUCAUUUUUCUAUAAUGUCGGUGGGUGUGGAGUCUGGGUUCUCGAGCGAGGAGGUCUUAAACAGCCGCUUCCCUCUCCAUCGGGCAUGCAGAGAUGGGGAUGUCGGUGCCUUGUGCUCCCUUCUUCAGAGCACCUCAAACCCGGCUGACCUCACGGUGGAGGACACCUUCUACGGCUGGACGCCCAUACACUGGGCCGCUCAUUUCGGAAAGCUGGAGUGUGUGAUGCGUCUGGUUCAGGUGGGCUGUGGUGUGAAUGCGGUGACCUCCAGGUUUGCACAGACGCCCACUCACAUUGCUGCAUUUGGGGGCCACCCUGAGUGCUUGUUAUGGCUACUCCAAGCUGGUGCAGAUAUUAACAGACAGGACUAUGUGGGUGAGUCGCCCAUCCACAAGGCUGCUCGUGCGGGCAGUCUGGAGUGUAUCAACGCUCUCUUGAUUCAGGGAGCGAAAGCUGAUAUGAGGAAUGCCAGUGGGCUGACUGCUGCUGACCUGGCCCACGCCCAGGGAUUCCAGGAGUGCGCUGAGAUUCUCUCCAAUGCCCAGAACUUCCAACAAAACAUGGCUCAGUCCCAUAACGGGGCCUUUCUGAAUGGCAUGACCCAGAAUGGGGGCCAAGCUCGCCCCACUAUCCAGGGACGCAGCUUCUUGAAUGGCGUUCCCAACAGAAAGAGGUCGUUUGAUGGCAUGGAAGCAAACCCAAUGAAGAAGGCUAGACCAAACGUGGCAGGUGAGGAUUUUUCCUCAAAUGGUCACAGUCAGCCACAGCUUCCAUUUGGGUGUGACCCAGCAGCAGAAAUCCUCCAUGGCCAACUUGUCUACAAUGAUUCCUCUGAGAACAACGGCACUGAAGGCAGCCAGGUGGAGCACCAGAAGUCUGUGAAAGCAGAGCAGUUGUAUGACCAUGCCUUCUUCACCACCAUGCUUCUUUACCAUGGAUCCUAAAAUACAAAAGAUCUAGUUGACAGGCUAUUUUUUUUUUUUUUGCCUGAAUGUCAUAUAAGCCUAAACAAGAACAACAUUCAUUUGCCUUAAAACCAUUGAAUGGUCCAUUUAUUCAUUGAAAAUAUUUGUUUUUGGAAAGGGCAGGCCCAUUGUGGAUGGACUGAAAUGUGUAACUGAUAGAUCAUUAAGUUAAGAAGUGGGUUUUUUGUUUGUAUUGUUAAAGAGAAAGUGUUUGUUUAGCCUAUUUUUUUGUUUGAUUAAGCUGUAAAUACCCUUGUUCUGAUAUACACUAAGCAUCUGUAUUGAACCACUGCCAAUACGUUAUUAUUUUUACAUUUUAUUUGUUAUUUCUGUCUCAACUCGAAGUGGGAUCCCUGCCUCUUGAUGGUAAUACAAACAAUGCAAGUCCCAUGUUAUUCAUUAAGAAUUAAAAAAAGUUUAGCAAAAGUAAAGUUUGAUUCAGUUUAUUUUUGGACCUUCACUGGUAUAAAUAACUUGUGAAAUAAGUCCUUAUCCUGGAAAAUAUGCCAUGUUAACCAAUAAUAAAUGAGCUGCAUAGAAAUUGUGCUAACCCUUA